ACCAUCUCCGAGUAUAUACAGCUCCUGUCGCCCUUUAAAGAAGCCACUUCCUUUCUUAAAGGCAGGGGGAAAGCCGGCACUUCUAGAGCUAUAUACGAAGUUCUCGUGACCUUUGAUUGGCUAGUUAACCAGCUCACGAAUAUUACCGGGAGGCACGCCGACGUCGAUUUCAACGAUUCUGAUGCCCCUGAGGGUCACAUGAAAAUCAAAUGUCAACUAGCUCUUACGAAAAUCUCCGACUAA